AUGAAAAAUACAGGAUUAUUAGAGGCUUUUAUAGAAAUCAAUAAGAUACCACCUACUAAGUCACAUAUAUAUUCUAAUUCACUGGGUAAUUAUACAACUCUAAGUACACUUAAACUUCAGAAAGAGUUUGCUGUAUCACUGCCUAAUAAAGAUCUCUAUGGUAUAAUACCAGAACUAAAGGUUAUCUGGUUUACUGAAGGAUUCAAAUUAUAUUUUUAUAAUUAUUUCAGAAAUACUACUGAAUUAGUUGAAACGUACGAUAAAGAAGUGUGUUUUGUAGAGACUUUUAAAGCUGAUUCAGAUAUUUUCAGUGAAUCAGUUGAAUUAUGUUUUGCUGUUGCUACUGUCAAUAGUUUACAUAUUUAUGCAGUAGAAGAAGAUUCAUAUCACAUCGUUAAGACCGACUUUACAUACUUUUAUAAAGACAAACCAACUUCCAUGGUUACUAAAGACACUUGUAUAUAUUUGGGGUGUAGUAGUGGAAUUUUUUACAAAUUUAAAUGUUGUUCAAUUCCUUGUAUUCAAUAUAAAUAUUUGUCUGUUGGUCAUUCAACUAACUGGUUUAUUAGAAAAUUAUCACCUCUUUAUAAAUUACCACUCAAUAGAAUUAAAUGUAUUGCAAUAGGAAAUGAAUAUGCUGUAUUUAUAGGUUUUAAUAUUUAUGUCUAUUAUAUCAAAAAUAACUCUUUUGAUUAUAAAUAUACUAUUACUAAUAAGAAUGAAUAUAUUGAUGUUGUAAUUUUAGAUGAGAAUCCAUUAAGUUUUUAUUGCUUAUUUCCUUCAGGUAACAGAGAUUUCUUUGAAGAGAGAAAACUAAUAAUAUCUAAAGAUUUUCCAACUGUAGCUAAAAUAAAACAAUCUAAGUGCUUAUCAGAUAAGUUUGUGAUUCUGAAAGAGGUUAAUGGAGUUAACUUUCUCAAUCUUAUUUCAUUUAAUGAAGAUCAAUUGGUUAAUUUUUUACAAACUAAAUCAUCUGAAAAUUCUCAUCAAUUAAACACUGAACAGAAUGUUAAAGCUAUUUCUAUUAAUGAUGAUUCAUUGGUUGUUUUGACAGAUUUUAAAAUAUCAAUCUACUCAAUUUAUACUAACAAACAAUUACUAUUAAAUUUAAGAAGUGAGGAGAUUUAUCAGAUCUAUAAGAAUUAUGGGGAUGUAUAUUUUAUGGUUAAGUAUUUUGAAUUGUUGGCUAAUAAUGAGAAUGUAUCAAUGUUAGAAGGUUAUUGUAAAAAUGACAGUUUGAAAGGUUUUGCUUUAUUUAUUUAUUUAGCUUUACUUGUUAAAGAUUUUUGGAGAGUUGAUAUUUGUAAGUUCAAGUCUGGUAAAAACAAUCUCUUUUUAUUAGAAAAAAUAGUAAAAAAAUUAAAGACAUUACUUACAAGAGUUAAAUACUCUUUGACACAACAAAGAAAGUUCAUUGAAGAAUUUUUACAAACAAUCUUUUAUUUAGACUUACUUGAUAAGUAUAAUAUCACUUAUAAUGAAACAUUUGAAUCUAUUUUAGUUAGAGAGUCUAAUUUUAAUGAGAAGAGUUUAAAUGAACUUACACAAAUUUUUAAAAAGAAUAAUUCUAUUGAUCAAUUAAAUAGAAUUCUUGAAAAUAACUGCUCAUUAUACUUUCCAUCUGAUCAGAUGAAUAUUCAAAGAGGAUUUCAAGUUAUUAGCGGUACUCCUACUAAUAAGGCAUUGUAUGAGAGUUUAAGUUACUUUAAGUUAGUUCCUUUAAGAAUGAAUAUUAUUGAUGUUUAUAAUGAUAAAGGAUUCUUUUAUGGAAGUGUUUAUUUGAUCAGAGAAAAGUUUAAUUUAAAUUACAAUGAAGCAAUUGAUUAUUUGAGUGAAUCUGUUAGAUGUAUAGGAGCUAUGAAUUAUGGUUUAGAAGACACAAGAGAGGAAUUUUUAUAUCCAUUUUUUGAAGUUUUAGUUAACAUGAAUAAUUUUGAUCCUUGUUUGUGCUGUCAAUCACCUCAAAGAGAAAUAGAACUUUUAAAGAUUAAAAAUCCUUUAUUUAUUCAGUUCUUAAAAUCACGAAUAUCAUCUGAUCCUAAGAUUUACAGCUUAGAAUGGAAAUAUUUAGCUUAUAAUGAUGACAAGAAAGGUGCUGUUAAUGCACUUAUUAAAUUAUCUGAAAGACCAUCUUUAUCAUUAAGUGAGAAAGUUGAAUCUCUUAAUAUAGCUAAGUCUUUAGAUAGUAAAUCAUCUGAUAUUAUUUUAAGAUUAAAGCUUUAUAAAAUACAAAAGGCUGUUUCAAUUAGAAAACCACAUUUAAAUUUUAAAAUGUUAUUAUCAGCAGAGUCACUUUUAAAUGAUUAUUGUUAUAAUGAACCUGAUUUAGCAUUAGAAAUAUUUGAUGUUAUUAAUUAUGAUAACAAAGAUCAAAUUAAAAAAUAUUACAAAGAAUUUAUUAAGAAUUCUGCACUUGAAGAAAUUUUUAAUUUGUUAGAUAAAAUUAAUAAUAAAGAUCUUUCUAUAAUCAUGGGAUUAUUAAUUGAGAAUAAUAUUAAUAAACCAUUACUUCAUAGGUUAUUAGCAGUUGGAUUUGAAUACAAUGAUAUAUUAAUUAAUGUAAAGAGUAUAUUAAUGUCUACAGCUCAUCCUAAUGUAAAAAGAUCAUUGUUAACCGAUUUAAAAAGCUUUGCUAAAUUUAAUGAAUUUAAUGAAUAUUCUAUCAUUUGUUCCAGUGCCUUUGGAAUUUAA